ACGGCCUCGCGCAUUUUUAUCGUACGGCAGGGGCUAGCGGGAGCCACCACGGGGGCGGGGGUGGGCUUGCCCCUGCUUUUUCUCGUUGUUGCUCUCCUCGACAAUCUCACGCGCGCGACAACGGCCGCGUCGUUGUCACCGUCGUUGUCACAGUCGCUGCCGCCACCGCCGGUGCUUCCCCACUCGGACGUCCACCCCGACACUACGUCCGUUCACCUGCCGUCGUCGCCGUCGCCGUCGCCGUCGCGACCGCCGUAUGACCGCCGUACGUUCGCGUCGCGCUUGUUCCGCGAGCCGAUUAAGCGCGCCGCCAGCUUAACCGAGAUCGGCCGCGCGAGUCGAGGAACUCUGGAUCAUCUUACGCUGUCGUCCGCGCCGCUGUUAUCGUUGACAUCGCCUUUGCUACUGACGUCGCCUCUGGCAUCGUCAUCGUCGUCACUGUCGUCGUCGUUGUCGUCACCGUCGUCGUCGUCGUCGCCGUCGUCGCCGUCGUCGCCGUCGUCGUCGUCGCCGUCGUCGCCGUCGUCGUCGUCGUCGCCGUCGUCGUCGUCGUCGUCGUCGUCGUCGUCGCCGUCGCCGUCGCUCCUGCCGUUAUCGCCGCCGCCGUUCCCGACGCCGCGAAUAAGUGACAAGAUAUUGUCGACCAGCCGAUGGACCCUCCCGGCGAAUCCCGUCGUCGUCGAGCAUCUAGAUCAUCUGACGCCGGCUCGUGACGGCGAGAUUCAAGAGACCAGAACGCAAAGAGCAAGAACGAAGCGAGUACCGAUCACUAAACGAUCCAAGUUGAAAGACCAACCUUCCCCGAACUUUAUCGAACUUUGGCCGGAGGCAUGGCGACGCGUCGAUGAACAUCCGCUUCAAGCUCCACGCAGGGUGGAGUUGACGCCAUCCGUCGAACAUGGAGUUGGCCCCGCAGCACGAGCUUCCACUUCGUUGUUAGAGCCCAUCUUCAAGUUCGGAGAAUCAGUAUUACGUCCAGAGAAUUCUCUGCGGGAUAUCUUAUUCAACGAGGCCGCUUCGAAAACAACAACAACGACGACGACGACGACGACGACCACGACAACAACAACGGCAACGGCGGUGACGACGACCAACUCGAAAACGCCCACGGCGACGAGAACGGUCCCGUUCACACAGGAGACUGCGUAUGUCGGUGCGAUUCAGCAAACCGGAAGCACUGUGCCGGAGAAAGAUGACAUCGAGGGAGUGACCGCGGAGGUGGUAGUAGGUGUCGCGGAUAAGAGCGGGAGGGGGUUGGUGUUCGCGAAGAACGAUAAUGGUGAGGUCGUAGUUGGUGGUGAUAGUGUCAUCGAGUGGACCACGACGACAGUCGCCGGGCCGAUGUCAUCGUCGCGGUCGUUUUCCGGAGACGACGUGCAGGUGGCCGAGCGUGUAAGGGUGCGGUCGGGUUCCGAACGAAGCUCGCCGAGGGGUGAACAGAGUGACGACACCGAGGAGCAGGUCAAGGUCACCGUCCCGCACGGCGAAGACUCGUCCGUAUCGUCGACCACGACGACGACGACGACGACGACGACGACGACGCAGCGACCGACAUCGACUCACGACACCUCUAUGGAAGCAUUGGGUGCGAGCGGCUACAUCGUCUCGACGGCGCUCGUGCUGAUAGUCGGGGCACUGGUGGGUGUCCUGGCGACGAUAUCGCGUCAUCUCCAUCAUCGUCGGCUGCUGGUGCACGAGCCGGUCCCUCCCGGCUCUGCCUCCUCCGCUUCCGCCUCGAUCCUCCACCACCAUCGGCAUCAUCAUCGCCACCGUCAUCGUCGCGAGGAGCCGCCGCCGCCGCCGCCGCCGCCGUUACAACGCUGCCUCCUGCUGCAGGAUCACUGCCGUCAUCCUGGUACACCGAUGCUGUCGGUGACACAAGGAAUGGAGGUCGGCAGCAGCGGACACGGCGCACACGGUGGUCUCGGCGGUGACCCGUCUGGUGCGGUUGGCGGCGGCGGCGGUGGAGGCGGGGGUGCCGGUGGUAGUUCCAACAGCAGAGACAUACAGGAAGUGAUGAUCGCCGUGCAGAGAGAUCGCGCGAUUCGCAUGGGCAGCGUCCGGCAGGACCUCGUCCUCGACUUGCCGCCGAGACUGCAACUCCCGGACGGCGAGGAACGUCCGUACGGAGCGCACAUGGGCCUCCACCUCCGCGACCCGGAACAGGAGAGCGAGAUUUACCAGAAGUGCGUGCGCCCGCCGCCGAAUCGCACGGUGUUCGACAGCGAGAGCCCGCCGCCUUAUCGCAGCCACUCGGGACUGGUGACGGACACGCCCGGCGAGCGGCUGAUGCGCAGCAACAGCGCCGGUAGUUCGCUGCUCAAGGUGUUCCGGAGGUUCCCGCAUUCCGGCGGCUCGACGCCGGCGGCGUCGGUGGUGGUGCCGAGCAGGAGACCGGCCAUGUCCAAUUAUUCCGAGUCCAGUAGUAACCUGAGCAAUCUGAGCAGUAGCAAUCUGUCCAACCUCACCGUGGUGCCCUGUGAGACCGAGGAGAGCCGGCAAGAGCAGCAGCAACAGCAACAGCAACAGCACCAUCACCACCAUCAUCACCACCAUCACCACCACCACCACCAUCAUCAUCACCACCACCAGCAGCAACAACAACAACAGCAGCAGCAGCAGAACGUCUGAUCCGUGGUAAUAAGGCCGAGGGAGAAAACGCGCGGUGGCGGCGACGACGGCGGCUGCACCGUCACCGUCGCCCCAUCGUCGU